AUGAAUGUAUUAAAAAAAUUUUUUUAUAAAAUUAUUUCCCACGAAGUAUCAACAGAAGUUCUAGCAGAUGUUAAUUUACAUGAACGAAAUCUUUGCUUUAUAUGCAAAGAUAAUAUUGACCCAACACUUAAGGAGUCAAUAACAAUUUUAAAUUGUAAACAUUUUUUUCACAAACUAUAUAUAGAACGUUGGGCAGAUAGUCAAUGUUCACUAUGCCAAGAAGAGUGUAUUGAGUCGACUGAGCUUGGAAAUUGUUAUAGUCAAGAAAGCACUCAAGGAAUUUCUACCCAGUUGGAUAACAAUCUUCAAAUUGUUUCUGAAGAUAGUUCAGAAGAAAUAAACGUUCAAAUCUCUCGACAAGCCAGCUCUAUUGAAUCGUUAUUAAACCCUGAAUCUGAUACUUCUAUUACAACUUCGCCUAUUUCCACUACGUUUGCACCUAUAUCUACUACUAUUAACACACCUACAUCCACCACCACUACUACCGAUAUCACGACUUCUGCACCUGCACUUAUAUAG